UUAAACAUGUUAAUUUGGCUUUUUCAGAAUUGUUUUCUCGAUUUGUUCUUUGUGCGUGGAAUUCAUAUUUAGUUGUUAAAAAAUUUCAGUCCAUCAUUAAGCACUCGCCCACUCUUUUUUUCUCUCGCUUUGCAGUAGUCUGAUUGAAUCUUGCUAAUUUUCAUUGGAGCGUGUUCUAGGAAAUCUGUCGACGGUCCGUGACCCAUACCUACCGAUGAAACUUCCUAAUUUCGCUGGAGGGAUUAGUUGACCUCGUGUCACCUGCAUUUCACCCUUACAUCAGUAGAGGGUGGAUGAAGUGUGCACACUCUUGAAUGGUUGGAUACGUAUAUGUAGGUGUCAUCUAAAAGAUUUAACAUCGACACCAUAUCUACGUAGAAAAUGCUAUCCAGUAAUCCAGCGACUCGGAUUUGUGUUAUCUUGAGUUUUUUUUCUUUAUUGUUCCCGACUUUGGUUUGAACAGGCGAUUUUUCUAGGAGUAGAACUUCCUCUUGGUCAUUUCUUAGCAACAUCUGUCAUGAUGAGUAGCAUUUUCUGUUGUCCGCUCUUUGGUGCUGUAUUGCCUUUCAUGACAGCUAGUAUCGACCGAGUUCGUUUUCCCUUUUCGGUCCAUUACCACACUUUUGUUUGAUUUGACAGUCUUUGUCAAGAUUGCUGCGACUUUCUUAGGCUCGAAGCACAUGCCGAAGAAUUACGAUGAAAUGCUUAAUUACAAAUUCUUCGCCAAACUCUGUGUCUUCGAAGGGGCGAGUGAUUAUCCCUCCCAUGCAUGAGGAUAAUUGGAACAACAUGUCUCUUGGCGCCAGGACUUUGACUGACGUGGGAGUCCGUGAGUUGCGAAGCGAUACUAACCGGCUGAAAAUUUUCUCUGGGUCCGCAAACCCCCUACUUUCUCAGGAAAUUGCUUGUUACAUGGGCCUCAACUUAGGCCAAAUCAAGAUAAAGCGGUUUGCGGACGGAGAAAUCUAUGUGCAGCUUGAAGAAAGCGUGCGUGGAUGUGAUGUUUUUCUGGUCCAACCAACGUGCCCCCCAGCCAACGAAAACCUUAUGGAGCUUUUGGUCAUGAUUGACGCAUGCCGGCGAGCAUCAGCAAAGACCAUUACCGCUGUGAUCCCAUACUUUGGGUACGCCAGGGCAGAUCGUAAGACCCAGGGCCGGGAAUCAAUAGCUGCUAAACUGGCCGCCAACCUCAUAACUGAGGCGGGGGCACACCGUGUGCUGACUUGUGACCUGCAUUCGGGACAAGCGAUGGGCUACUUCGACAUUCCAGUUGACCAUGUUUAUGGUCAACCAGUCAUCCUCGACUAUCUCGCUAGCAAGAUGAUAUCCGCGGAGGAUCUGGUUGUGGUGUCUCCUGAUGUGGGAGGAGUUGCUCGCGCUCGAGCUUUUGCCAAGAAAUUGUCAGACGCUCCUCUGGCUAUAGUAGAUAAGAGGCGGCAGGGCCAUAAUGUGUCUGAGGUUAUGAAUCUGAUAGGUGAUGUGCACGGGAAAGUGGCCGUGAUGGUAGACGAUAUGAUUGAUACUGCUGGUACAAUUACCAACAGUGCAGCACUUCUACAUGCAGAAGGAGCUCGAGAGGUGUAUGCUUGCUGCACUCAUGCAGUCUUUAGUCCACCUGCAAUUGAGCGGCUAUCAGGAGGCCUGUUCCAGGAGGUGAUAUGCACCAAUACCAUCCCUGUGAAGGAAAGCAACUACUUUCCACAGCUGACUAUAUUGUCAGUUGCCAACCUUUUGGGAGAGACAAUAUGGCGAGUGUAUGACGACUGCUCAGUGAGUAGCAUCUUUCGAUAAGCAUAUGCGCCGCUCUUUCAGAAGGUCCCGACCGCAACGACAUCUUCAGUACCCAAGGAUUUUUGCUGCUUUCCAAUCGAAGCUCCCUUUCAGAUCACACUGUUUCGCACUGGAAUAAUGAUCCAGUUUUUCAAUUUUGUAGGAUAACCAUUAACAUAUUUAUCAACUAGAAAACUGAUAUGCUCACCCCAUGCUAUCGGUUGACCCACUGUAAACUCUGACAUGCUCUCCGAGUCUGUCGGUGGCAGCCGAAAUGGCUGAGCAUAAGUGAAGGUAGGCUUGGACCGUCGUUUUACGAAAAUAUAGCGGAUAUGCUGUUGAUCCACACCUGGACAGUGUCAUCUGUAAAGAAUGAUCAGGCCCUGCUCUGGGGAAGUGGUCAGUGUGUUCAAGAGCUGUUCACUUGUGCGGAGAAAGCUCAGCAUGUUCUCCCGUUGUGACAAUCAUUUCUGUUUAUCAAAACGCUGGUGUUUGUUUGUGCAAUAUUUCGCAAUUACA